AUGGACAAGCAACUGACGUAUCAUUUUGAUGUCACAAUUUUUGUACGAGUAUGCGCACCGGGUGCACAUUGUAUUAAUAAGGUAACUGCCAAGGAAAAUUUACUAAAAUGUCUUCAACCAAAAUAUUGUCGGGUUGCAGUUUGUAUCGCGAUCAAAUGGGACAAGAUUCGUUGCUCGUUCGACCGGCAGCCCGUCCAAGAAGGAUUGCUACCCGAAGAACAGGUUGGACGCUAUCCUUGGCUAGGCGUUAUCCAGUAUGACUUCUACUCGGCAGAUACGAUGCGUUACAGCAUCACUGGAGCUGUGCUCAUACAUCCCGAAUAUGCACUUGCGCCAGCCGAGGACAUGGCUAAAAUCGACAAAGACAUCCUCAGGAAUAGCACAUACUUCAUAGUGUGGUACAGUCCCACGGUAAAAUACACCAUGGGCGUGGAGAGUUACAAUCUAAACAAAGAGUACGAGACCUUGACGUAUGCUACCACUGCUCUCGUCAAAAUAGUCAGAGACAGGACCAUCGAGCUGGGAGACCCAGGCAAGUCCUUUUUCCCAUGUUUCAUAGCCCUAGGCGGUUAUCACUAUCACACAGUCGCCGCAUUUCGUUGUGAAGUGCCGAGCGACGAAUUCGCGUGCGGCGACGACAGUACGAUGCUGCGGUUUGCUCCGAUAUCUCGUUGUCCGCCCGGAUCUGCGGUGCGUGAUGUCUAUGAGAGAAAAUGCCCGGAGCAUAAGAUGCUGGUGCCGACGUACCCAAUCUGCGCGUCGGCACAGGGCGUGCAUUUCACUUGCUUCAUGGAGUCGGGCUCCGUGCUCGUCUCGAGAGACUCCAACGAGUAUUGGACCUUGACUCUCGCUAAGUGGUUGGAUCAAAAGGGUCAGAUGCAAAAGGCGGUAGUCUUGGACACGGCAUGGAUGGUCCACCGGUUCCUCUCUCUGCAGCCCAUGACCACCGCUUCCGAAACCAUUAAAUGGAAUAAAGUACGGUGUUCAGUAGACCGUGCCCCGAUAGUAGAAGGAGUGGUAUCCCCAGACCAGAUGGGACGGUUUCCCUGGCUUGGAGUUAUACAGCAUGACUUCUGUACGUACUCGUCAGACUUAUACGGUAAAAAGCGGUCGUUCAGCGUGACGGGUGCGGUGCGGAUCCAUGCAUCCUAUGCACUUGCACCUGCCGAGGAUAUGGCUAUGAUAAACAGAAAAACCAUCUCCAACACCACGCAUUUUAUUGUGUGGCAUAGUGCAGACCUGAAGUAUUCCAUUGGUGUAGAAGACUACAUCAUGCAUCCCGAGUACGAAGACCGGAGGACCUAUGCCACCACUGCGCUUGUUGAGCUCAUGAUUGUGGAAUCCAACCAGGUUGGACACCCAGCUCCAGUCUUGCCUAUUUGUUUGCCCGCCAAGAACCAUCCUUCUUUUGACAAGAUCUAUGUCGUAAAAAUGACUACCGGAGAUGAUGGCCAGAUUCUGAAGGAGAUAAUCUCAAUGAUUGCCAUUGACAACAAAGACUGCGAUAUAUUCUAUGAAAAGGCUGAGCUGGACUUCAAGAUGAUGUUGCCCUCGCAGCCGAUUUGCGCGACCACCCUCGAGCAACAACCGGCUUGUAUAUGGGACGGUGGAGCUGUGCUGGUCACAAGAGAGCCGGAUAGCUAUUGGACACUGUUAGGUUUCGGGGUGCGCGGGCCGGGCUGCGGAGCGCCGGCGCGAUUUGUCGACGUUCAGAGCCAGCUGUUGUGGAUCGACCCUCAGGUCAGCGCUACUACUUAAACUGAGGACUUAAGUAGAUUGCAAUCCGGACAUCUAGUGUUCAAAAAUCCGGAUUUUUCUAGGAUCCGUUUUAAACCCCAGAUUGUAAAGUCUUAAUCCAAAUUUGUUUAACAAUGCAAAAAAUAGAGCAAAACUCACUGGCCAGAAACCAAAUCGUAUUUUUUCAACUCAAUUUGGCAGCGUUUUAAAAGUUAAGCCGAACCGCGCAAAGACCCUUUCCACUUGUAAUUACUGCCUAUUUGGUGCGCUAAUCAAAUCAUUCUAUAUUGAACUGCCAUUAAGGGAUAGACCAGAGGUUGGCAAACUUUUGCAAAGAAGAGUCAGCCGAAGUAGAACGCACCAGUUCUAGGAAUCUCAAUAAGUGUUUGUUUUGGAUGGUUUGAAGAUCAUGCGUACCCCCAAAGACGUUGGCGUUCUUCAGCCGAGGUUUGCCGACCCCUGGCUUAGACAGAGGCAGUAAAUUGAAAUAUUCGAAUUCGAACACUUUAGAUACAAUAGAAUUUACCAUGGACCUGAUAUAGCAAUUAUAACUUUACCAUACUAUUAAAAUCCGGACGAACAAUUUGACGGUAUCUUAAAUCUACGCAGGUACUACCCCACCCCACCCCGGCCAGUAGAGAUUUGAAUACACUUGCUUUGUGAGAAUGCACUGAGGGUAUUUUAUAUUGUUAAUUAUAGUAUAUAUUAUAUAACAAGUUGUAUUUAAUUCAAUGACGCAAUGCAAAUAAAUUUAUGAAUGUAA